CCAGUUAAAAUUUAUGUAAAAAGGCAAACAAAUGAGGAUGGUGAUUGGGCGAGUGAAACAUGGCGGAGAAAAGCCAGGCGAAGCGCUUACGGGAGGGAGAAGACAGGAAAAUGGACUGGCGCAAAUGGAAGCAGGAAAAGAAGGAGGAGAAGAAGAAAUGGAAGGAGCUGAAGCUGUUGAGGAAACUGGAUAAGAUGAUGAUGCAGGAGGUGGCAGAGAAACAGAAAGAGGAGGCAAAGCCCAUUGAAGAUAAAGGAUGCAACUACACAGUCAGCGUCGCCCUUCCGGGCUCCAUUCUCAGCAACGCCCAGUCGGCAGAGUUGCGGACUUACCUUGCUGGGCAGAUCGCCAGGGCCUGCGUCAUCUUCUGCGUGGACGAGAUUGUGGUGUUUGAUGAGCAAGGGGAGGAUUCAAAGACGGUGGAAGGUGAAUUUGAAGGGAUCAAGAAGAGAGGUCAGGCCUGUGUGCAGCUGGCCCGAUACCUUAGGAAAUCUUUCUUCCCCAAACACCAGGACCUCCAGUUUGCAGGACUCUUAAACCCCUUAGACAGCCCCCACCACGUGCAGAUAGGUGAGGAAUCGGAGUAUCGGGAAGGUGUGGUUUUGUCACGGCCCACCAAGCCUGGCCGGGGAUCCUUUGUGAACUGUGGAAUGCCAAAGCAGGUACAGAUCGAUAAGCAGCUGGAGGCAGGCCUUCGUGUUACAGUGCGUCUCAACCCACAGCAAAAUCCAGAGAGCAAAACACAGAAGGGGGUGGUCGUUUCAUCACACCAGCCUCGAACUGCUUCUGGGCUGUACUGGGGCUACAGUGUCCGCUUGGCAUCCUGCCUGAGUGCUGUGUUUGCUGAGUCCCCGUAUAAAGAAGGCUACGAUGUCUCCAUUGGAACCUCUGAGCGAGGGACCUCCGUGGACCAGGCAACUCUGCCUCCUUUCAGACAUGCUUUGAUAGUUUUCGGAGGCUUGCAAGGCCUGGAGGCAAGCGUGGACACGGACCUGAACCUGGAGGUCACAGAUCCAAGCACCUUGUUCGACUUUUACUUGAACACCUGUCCAGGGCAGGGCAGCCGCACCAUCAGGACCGAGGAAGCAAUCCUCAUCUCUCUGUCGGCGCUGAGACCUCAGAUUGACGAAGCAGUGAAGAAAGGCAGCAGCCUCUGAAAAGAAGCAGAAACUCAAGCAUCCAACAUGGGCAGACCAUCAUCAAUUUUUACCUCCCAGCCAACUUAACACCGAAAUGUGAAGUAGGACCAUCUUCUCUCUGUUUGGAGGUCAGGAAACUCACUUCCCUGCUGCCACUGGAUGAUUUGAUUGUGGAGCAGGUUGGAGCAUUCAGACACAAAGAAAGGGGAAAGGGCUUUAAGACUGGCCCAUCUACCUCAGCUGCCACUUCUCAGAAGGAGGCAUCUGCAUCAAACUUUUGGGAAACAGUGAAGACCUAAGUGUGGCGAUUGACUGGGGGGUGAUGCCUUCUAGCCCAAAUGCAAUCUGUUGCAACCACAUUCAUGUUUAACACAGGAGCAACAACUUUUAUCCACAAAAUUAAGACUGCUAAACCUACAGUGUAAGAAGAAACAUAUCAAGUAUGUGACCUAAUGUGAUAUUCCAGGAGUAUCUUGAUCAAUGAAAUGACCAAACUUUUAAAGGUGUAAAGCAGUGGUUCCCAAAGUGGGCAAUACUGCCCACUGGUGGGGGGCAGUGCAAUUACUUAGCAGAGUGAAAAGGACUAUCAGAUGUUAAAAAGCUGGUAUCACUGGAUCAAAUUCAUCAAUUUUGUUGAAUUAAAUUAA